AUGCCGUCCAAUGUUCGUGAUCUUCUUUCAAGAAUCGGAAGUUUUCGGCACUGCAAAGCGGACCGUCAGCAACUUGGCGAGGAAAGCUAUACUACUGAUCUACAUUUGGGAGCUUUUCCAUUGUGUCUAAAGCAGGCAAGCCUUUCCUCACAGAGCACACGACCUGGAGAUUUUCCAGCAUACCUACUGGAAGAACGCGUGUUGGAUGGAGUUCGAGAAUCUGGAUUUCCUGUUGAAUGCGACACCAGCUCAAAAAAAGAUGCCUCGGUUACUGAAGCAAUUGUACUGGAUUCUAGCGAGCGUCAUAAGUCACAGUGCUCCUUCGCAGAGAGAGGCACCAAAAUCAACAGUUGCCCCAGCAGAUCACGACGUCGGUCAUCAAAAAUUGAUGACGAAGCUCUGCAGAAGAUCAGAGAGCUGGUAGUUCGUACGACAAUGAAUGCUCGCAGUCAUCGUAAAGUUCUUCGAAGUAGUUCUUACGAUGGCCAGCGUAGCUCUUCGGAAUGCAGGGAAUUUUUCAAGCCUUCUUCUGAAGCGUCGAGGAAGGCGUCGUCCAACGUGGUUGAACGCCGCCUGCAACGCCACGGUUCCUCCCGAGCCCGAGAAAGUAUCAGCUCUUCGUCUAAGGAUACAGGUGUCAAAUUUUUUCCAGAACUGGAAGUGGUACCAAGCAAAAGUGAAGCGGCUUCCAGAAAGAAACUUAAGGAAAAAGUCGGACGGGCCAGCACGGUACGGCAAGGAAAAAUGCUGCACCCAUCUCGAGGUAUAUUUCGAAGCAAGUCACUCAACACAAAUCCCGGUGAAGAAAAACGUUUAGAUCAGUCCGCACACAAGACCGGUACGCUACUUUACGAUCAGAGACGAUCCGUUAACCGUACCGAUAACGAUCUGUCAGUUUCCGACAAUGAGAAAAAUCCGAGCGAUGUUUCUGAGAGGCUUCAAGCCGCUAGGCGGGCAAUGAGGGAUUUGUAUGUCGACGAGAAAGUUCAAAUUCGCUCACAGGCUGCACCGCUAAGUCAGAGUCUUCAUACAGGCAGCCAUAGAGGCAACCAUCGCCACCCUAGUUCUGGUCGGUGUGAUCAUCGCAGGAGGCACAAAGAAAACGGACUUAGCCAAAGUAUGCACGUCCCGAAGCCAGUACAAGGCUUAAAGCGUCGUGACGAAUUUGUUCAUCACCGAUGUAGCAACAAUGGUACAAAGAACAGCGCGACUUAUUCUUCUGUUCUCGAAGAUCUGGUUUCUGUGGCAGCCAAGUCUCCGGGAAUGCUAUCAUCGAAUACCGUCAGUCGUUUGGCACGUCAGUACUCUAGUGGAUCGUCAAAAUCUGGGGCUGAGGCCCAGAAGCUCCCUGGCCGUUCCCGUUGCUCACGCUCGCAUCACUUGAGGGAAAAGCCUCAUAUCGCAUCGCUGCGAUCAUCUGAUUUGAAAACUACCGCUCCGGAGUACUACCAGCUAGACAUUUUGGAUGGAAGCUACCACCGCGAACAUGCUUCCAGCUCUGUAUGGUCCACUGUGUUCCAUGACGAUGAUUCGCUGACCAGUGCUGCGGAAGCGAGUGACUUUGGAGAAUAA